AUGUUUUCGUUUCGCAGAAGGCCCCGAACCUUAGACUCUACGGUGCCACAGCUGAAAACAUCUCCCUCUUUGCCUGAGCUGCAUUCUCAAGGCAUUCCUUGGCCGGAAAACUUAGUAGACGUCGCAGUCAUACGCGAAAAUCCUACCCCAGUGCCUGAACGUCAUCCUCAUCAAGGUGCGGUCAAAAGCUCUGUAUCCUGCUCCGAUCGUGCCCCCAUUCCAUUCCACAAACCGUUUCGGUUAAUUGCAGGACAACCGGCGGAAAAUGGCAGCAAGAUUUCGUCUCUGUAUAUGUCUCAUCCCCCGUCUGCGUUCGGUAAUUGGAGGUCUUCCACCACUACUGUCUCGUCGACGCGGCGAUCCCAUCGUAAAAACCGUGCUCCGCCUGCGUUCAAUCUUAUGGUUGUAGGAGGGACAGGGACAGGAAAGACUUCCUUCUUGCGUCUCCUUCUCGAAACUGCCGACAUGUCACCAAAUACGACAGAAGACCAGCGUGUAGGCCUGGAUCGGUUCUUAAAAGGUGCUUUGAAGCACACACAGCAUAUUGACACGGCGUGUGUUGAAAUUUGCGAGUCUCGGUAUGACCGAGUGCUGCUGACAGUCAUUGAUACCCCUGGAUUGGAUUUCGGCGACGGACGCGAGUUGCGGAUUGAACGUCAGGUCAGUGAGAUAAUCAAGUAUCUUGACGCGCAAUAUGCAGAUACGAUGAAUGAGGAGUCUAAAGUUCUCCGUCAAAGCAAAGGGGAUCAGCAUGUUCACUUGUGUAUCUUUAUGGUUGAUCCCUCGUCUAUAUUGUCACCGUCGUCACGUCCCACCCAGUCGCCUUUCCCGGGCAAAGCCCGGUCAAAUACUACCGUUUCCAGUACUACCGUCGGAGAUACCCAGGAAGCCAACUACCAUCAAGAAUAUUCCAGAGACUUCGCAAUGUCCCCCGCUGAGCUUCGCGUGAUCCGUCGUCUUUCGGCACGGGUGAACGUGCUUCCUGUUAUUGCACACGCGGACUCACUUACGGAUGCCACGUUGUCCUUGGUGAAAGCUGCUGUUCACAGGGAUCUAGAAUCAGCUGGGCUAGACUUUGGGGUAUUCUCCACUUCCAAGCCGAAAGUGGACUCCCCCAUACCGAUAUCGCCUUCAGACGAUAAAGCUGCCACAACGUUGCCACAAGAAGUAAAUGGUCACCGUGAGAACGGACUUGAAGUCCACCAAAAUGGGAGCUCUUACGUUGCCAACGAUAGUGAAAACAAGGAACGUCCAUCGCGUCCAGUCAUCACGCUGAAAGGGACACGACAGUCCCGUUCUCGGUCCCGCUCGCGUCGUGACCUAUCUGCCGUAGUUCAGGACGAAAGAGAGCCUUACUAUCCCGAUGGUGCCGAAGAAGACAGCGUAGCGAAUAUUCGGUUCUCAGCUGGUGUCGUCUCCAAAACAGAUCUAUCAACGUUACUCCCCUUCGCGCUUAUCGCUCCAGAACAGGCAAUUACCCCGCGGAUUAGACGGGUACCUCCCGCUUCCCCUGAAUCUAACUUUGUCACUCGGGAAGAUGCAACAGGGCCCUCGAGCCCUGUGGCAGAAACACCCGUCUCCCCUGAUAGUCCGAUCCUUCAUAAAUCAGCAUUUACUCAAGGACCCCCGGAGGAUCUCAGGGGCGUGUUCACCAGGAAGUUCAGAUGGGGGACCGUUGACGUACUGAACCCUGAUCAUUGCGACUUCCCUGCCCUUCGGACAGCCAUUCUAUUGACGCAUCUCAAGGUGAAUAAUUUGCUGACGUUCUCAAGGUACAUACUCGGGAAGUUCUUUACGAAAAAUACCGAACGGAGAAGCUCUUGGCUAGACGUGCAACCAGGAACAUAG